UACUAUGUGGCUGCUGGCAUUCCCAUUCAGAUUGAAGUAUUGAACCAAGUAGGCGCGACUGGAUGGUCAGCCCGAAUCGGCUGUCACACCGAUGAUCUCAAAGACUGCGACGAACUCCGUCGUUGGCCAUACAUUUCUGUAUGCAAAUCGUUGGCUAGCAAAAAUGUUCGACUGAGUUCAGCUUUUGGUGGUCUUCUUUUUCUUGAAAGUCCUGACGGCGACAUGAACUCGAUUACUGUUCGUUUGCAUCAUGUCAUUCUGACUCCUACCUACGAUCUCACUGAUCCCAAUCGUACGAUAACAUGGCAAUCCCGACGUCACCAUGCGCAAGGUCUUUGGGCAGAUAUUGCUGGCCGACAUAUCGUGUUCAAUGUUCCUUCGCAGAGUGUACUUCAUUUGGAUAGCAACCAAUUAGAUCGCGUUCUUCAGUUUUGGGAUGCUGUUGUACUUGCUCAUCAUGAGCUAAGAGGCACAGAACCGAAACAUCGAGAGCGUAUCGUAUGCGAUGAGCAACCUUCGUUUGGUUACAUGCAUAGUGGCUAUCCUAUCGUCACAGGUAUGGACGUGUCUGAUCCACAUGCUGAAGGAUUCAUACUGAAUGGCAACGAGCUGGAAAAGAACGGAGCAUGGGGUCUAUUUCAUGAGAUCGGUCAUAACCUGCAACGAGAUUCUUGGACAUAUGAUGGAACAAUGAAAUCGGUUUUUAAGAGACAAAUCUGUACAACUUGUUUGAAACUAUCUGAAGCCUUUGUUUGUCGUGGAUGUCAUCAACCAUUUUGUGCAAAACAUGUCAAUCGACAUCAAGAAAAAAUUACCAAAGAUAUGAAUAGUCUUGUUACGAAAUGUGAUCGAUUACAUGAUGAUACAAAAUCCGAAAAAUUUGCUCAACAACUUCUAUCGAAUAUUGAUCGAUGGGAAAAAGAAUCUAUAGAAAAGAUUCGAAUGGCUGCUCAAACGGCUCGAACUGAUUUAAGACCAUGGAUUGAACGAACAAAAAAUGAACUCGAAAUUCCUUUUCAGAAAAUGAUGGAUGAACUUCAAUCGAGACGAAAAUUAAAAGAUUAUACUGAAAUUGAUUUGAAACGAUGGAAUUCACAAUUGGCAGAAUUCAAUGAAAAACUCAAACAACGACCCAUUAUAGAAUAUCUCGAUUAUGGUGAUCCACAAGCAAUUCAUUUGAUUAGAAUUGCUGAUGGUUUAAGUUCCAACUCAUCAUAUGGUACUAAUCUUACCUAUUCUUCUUCAGAACGAAGUUUGAAUCAUUUUCAAGAUUCACCAACUUUAGAACGAGAAACAUUUGGAGAAAUUUUUGGAGCAAUUACAUUAACUGAAAAUGAUCAUGUUGCUACGUAUAGUGGUCCUUGGAUUGGUGAUGCUAGUGUAUGUGGUACGAAUACUUAUUCAACUGGCGUACAUAAUAUUCGUUUUCGUAUUAUGGAAAAAUUCUACAAUGCACCAUUUUUUGGUAUUUCUACUGCAUCUCAACCGAUGAUUGAACACAUGAUUAAGUCUUCAUCGACGAAUGGUUGGUCGAAUUUCGAUUUUCCUGUAGUCAAUGGUCAAGAGGAACAAGAAGGAAAAGAUCGAAUUGUACGGUCUGGUGAUGCUCUUACAUUGACAUUAGAUUGUGAUCGACGACAAAUUUUUUUAAGGCACAUUCGAACGAACAGACUUUCACAAAUACCGAUCGAUAUUCGUAUUUGUCCAUUUCCAUGGAAACUUCUAAUUGUUUUACGACGUAGAGAUGAUUGUGUUCGUCUUCAAGGUGGAUCAUUGGGUCUAACAGGAGCAGAUGUAGCCAGCCUAUUAUUGCCUGAUCAUCUAAAAAGUUAA